AAUUUCGCACCGGAAACUAUUCUAGGAGAAGUUCGAAUCCGUUCCGUUCGGAUAUUGAUCGGUCUUGGUUUGACAUGGUUUACGCGUUACUGGUUCCCGGAAGAGUUAAUAUCUCCAUUAGCUAAACCCUUUCUUACCCUGUCUUUGGACUCGUAUUUUGUUUGUACACAAUCAACGGAGGCCUCCCCGACAUAUGUUGCAACAUCUUCAAUAGCAUGUUCUUACUUCGUCUUUCCCUUAAUAAGUCAUCAAAUUUGGUGCUUUUUGAUCCCCAGUUGCUAUGGGGAACAAAGGAGGAAAUACAAUCGAUUCCUCUAUUUAAGUGGUUCUCGCUUCUCCUUGUUCCUGUUCCUAACUCUUCCCCGGGUAGUUCCCAAUGUUUGGUACUUUCUAUACUUCGUGGGUGCAACAUCAACAAAUUCGCUCAUGAUCAAGUUACAACCUAAGAUCUAUGACCAUAUUAUGCUAACUGUUCGUAUUUCGUUCAUUCCAUCGGUAUGCUCUCAGGUACCUGUAAUUGUGAUCUGUUUGCCAGAACCAAGGGGUCUUUAUGUGGAAACCUUCACGAACAAUCGUCGUUUUUUGAUGGUUUUUCCGCUUCUCACCGCUGCUCUUUCCACACCUCCGGAUAUCUGGUGCCAAAUCGUCGCCCGUUUCCUUAUUUCUUCGAUAAUUGAGUUGACUAUCUUUGUGGCAUCGAUUGUACAAGUUCGCGAAGAGGCUGGACGAGUGGAAUGAGGGAAAGCGGCUCGAUUGACAAAAAAGAAGAGUAGCCCCCUCUGGCAAAGUAACUAUAAAAGAAUUCCCGAGUAAUUCUCAACCAACAUAUGCGAUUCAUUCCCGUCUUAAAAAACAAAUAAGACUUAUAAAUCAAGCAGUUAGGAAGUCCUAGACUUUAAGCCAGGCUGCUUAAUUAUUCUAUUGAGUUGCCUACCCUCAGGUCAUUCGCUGCCUUAAGCCCUACAGUUUCUUCGCUAGCCGUUGUUGGGACUUAGUUAAGAGUUAGCCUAGAAAGGAAAGGCUUUGAAAGAAAGUCAAGCAUUCCAAUCCCAGCGGAUUAAUCAAUAGCAGUAGAGUCGUAAACAAGAACAGCAGAGGCUGAACAAGUCACUUCCUUAGAGCG